AUGUCUGUUCGUCGUGAAGGACUUCUCGAUGAUGCCUGGGAGAAGACCCAGAUCAAGGUUUUCUCCAGAUGGGUCCAAAAGCAGCUUCUUGCUCGCCAAAUCCAAUUUGAAACAAUCGAAACAGAUUUCGAAGAUGGCACAAAGCUUUUGAACCUUCUCGAAAUCAUCGGUAAGGAACCAAUGCCAAGCAAGUGGCACAAGCAACCAAAGAUGAUGGUUCAGAAGCGUGAAAACGUCGAUCUUGCCCUUAAGUACAUCAAUGAAGUCAAGAAGAUCCGUACAGUCGGUAUCGGCGCUGAUGAUAUCAUCAACAAGAACCUUAAACUCACACUCGGUCUUACAUGGACAUGCAUCAACAAGUUCAUGAUCGAAGAAAUUUCCGUCGAAGAAGCUACAGCUCGUGACGCUCUUCUUCUUUGGGCUAAGAAGAACACACAGGGCUACGAGCACGUUGCCGUCAACAACUUCACAACAUCCUGGAACACAGGUCUUGCAUUUGCUGCCCUCAUCAACAAGUUCCGUCCAAACCUUCUUGACUACUCCGCUCUUGACUACAACGACCACAAGGGCGCCUGCGAGAAGGCUUUCGCAGCUUGCAAGGAACUCGGCAUCUAUGUCUACCUCGAUCCAGAAGAUGUCAUCGACACAACACCAGAUGAGAAGUCUGUUGUUACCCAGGUUGCCGAAUUCUUCCACUUCUUCGCCUCAGAGUCCAAGAUCGCUGCUAUGGCUGACAAGAUCAAGCGCACAGUCGCCAUCCAGAAGCAGAUCGAUGAGCUCAAGAACACAUACAUCGAGGAUGCUAAGGCUGCUAUCGAGAAGAUGACAGUCGAAGACGAGAAGCUCAAGGCUGAUGACUACGAGAAGACAAUCCCAGGAAUUCGUGGCAAGCUCGCUUCCGUUAUCUCAUACAACCGUGAUAUCCGUCCAGAGAUCGUUGAUCACCGUGCUAAGGCCAUGCGUUCAUGGGCUGCUCUUGUUACAAAGUGCAAAUCUGGCAACAGACCAAUCCCAGAGAUCCCACAAGGCCUUGAACCAGAAGCCCUCACAAACAAGUUCAACGAGAUCGAGCAGACAUCCACAACACGCCGUGAUGAGCUUACACAGGAGCUCAACGACAUGAUCAAGAAGAAAGUCGAAGACUUCAUGGCCAAGUGCAUGGACAUCAUCAACAAGUGCGAUGCCAUCCACGAGGAAGUCAAGACAAUCGAAGGCACAACAGCCGAAAAGAAGGACAAGGUUGAGCAGAAGCUUCAUGAAGCCGAAGACCUUCAGCCAGCCCUCGCCGAGCUCACACCACUCUUCCAGGAGCUUGUCGAACUCAGAAUCAACACACUCUCAUCCCAGACAGAUGACUCCGUCAACCGCCACCACUCCCAGUUGAUCACAUACAUCAAGCACCUCCUCGAGCAGCUCAACGGCAAGCUCUUCGAAGAGACAAACGAGGCCCGCAUCAACGAGUACAACGCUCUUGCCCAGCCACUCUACGACGAGGCCAUCGCCUUCAAGGAGGAAGUCUUAGCCAUCAGCGGCGAACUCCGCGAGCGCCGUACACAGUUCCUCGCCAAGCAGGCUGAGGCUCCAACAAAGAGAGAGCACGUUAACGAGAUCGACCCAAUCUUCGACGGACUCGAGAAGGAUUCACUUCACCUCCGUGUCAACCACAGCCCAACAGAAAUCCGUAACGUUUAUGCUGUUACACUUCAGCACAUCAUCACAGAACUCAACAAGAUCUUCGAGGAGAUGGUUGCCAACUUCGAUGCCACUGCUGUCCCAAUCAUCGAUGGUAUCACAGCCCUCGUCACAUCCUCACACCAGAUCCCAGGAGAUGCUGCUGCAGUCAAGGCUCAAGUUGAGGAGAACCUCGCCUCCCUCGAUGGCUUCGCUGAAAAGAUCCAGGCCCUCCAGGAUCCAUACAACGAGCUCGUUGAAUUCAAGCUCAACUACAAGGUCACAUACACAUACUCUGAUGCUACUGGUGAACUCGAUCAGGCACGUCUUGACCUCAAGCAGAUCAUCCUCGCCAAGAAGACAUUCCUCGAGGAAGAAGAGCGCAAGGCCCGCAUCAACAACUACACAGUCAAGGCUGACGAGCACAUGAACGAGGCUCAUGCUCUCGAUGGCAAGAUCAACUCCGUCGAUGGCGAACUCGAACCAAAGAGACAGAAACUCUACGAAGUCCGUGAGGAAGUCAACGCCAAGAAGGAGAAGGCCGCCGAGGAACUCACACCAAUCUACGAAGACCUCGAAAAGGAUCAGCUCCAUCUCGAAAUCACAUCCACACCAGCUUCCAUCAACAUCUUCUUCGAGAACCUCAUCGCCCACAUCGAUACACUCGUCAAGGAAAUCGAUGCUGCUAUCGCUGCUGCUAAGGGUCUCGAGAUCUCCGAAGAAGAACUCAACGAGUUCAAGGAUACAUUCAAGUACUUCGACAAGGAUAAAUCCAACUCCCUCGAGUACUUCGAACUCAAGGCUUGCCUUACAGCUCUCGGCGAAGAUAUCACAGAUGAUCAGGCUAAGGAAUACUGCAAGAAGUACAACUCUAAGGGUGAAGGCACUGCUCUUGAAUUCGACGACUACGUCAGAUUCAUGCUCGACCACUUCUCCAAGGCAGAAACAACAGAGACAACAAUGGAAGCAUUCAAGGCUAUUGCCCAGAACCAGCCUGUUCUUACAGAUGCUCAACUCGACCAGUACUUCUCCGCCGAAGAUGCCGCAUACCUUCGAUCCCAACUCAAGCAAGGCGAAAACGGCUACGAAUUCGCCGAUUGGGUUAACUCACUUUACAACCAAUAA